AUGGCCUUCACCAUGCGCCAACCUUUUAAGUUAACCAGCUCGCUGGUGAUCGCUUCCAAAACCGCCUUUAGAUCCGCCCCCGCGCGAGCUUUUCAUUCCAAACCUACAAACAGUUUCUUCACAUCGCGCACCACAUCUCCAAUCAGCACACUCACCAAAGCUCAAAAUGCAUUUAGAGGAUCAAGGACAUAUAUGCAACAACCAGCCACUGUGCAGAAUCCAAAUGGUACCAUGGUACAGAAAUUGAUAGUGGGUGGUGCUAUGUUUGGAGGAACUUUGUUGGCUAUCAACUUGGUCUUCAACCGCGAAACCCGUGAAGAUGGCGGAAUGCCCGAAUACGAACGCACUUACCUGAACGAUACCUUCAUGCACACCGGAGUUGGCAUUGGAAUCAUUGGAUUAUCUGCCCGCGCCAUGUUUCAAAGUGGUUUUAUUUACAGACUGAUGGCUACCAAUCCUUGGGUUGUCAUGAUUGGAGGUAUGGCAUUGAGUAUUGGUACUAUGAUGGGUACCAGAGCUACGGAUCCUAGCAACUAUAUUCAAAAAUACGCUCUCUGGACCGGUUUCAACGUAACCCAAGCCGCAUUCAUCGCACCCCUUCUCUUCAUGGCUCCCCCCGCCAUUAUCGCACGCGCAGGUCUCUACACCAUCGCCAUGAUGGGUAGUAUAUCCUUUGUUGGCGCCACCGCCAAACAAGAAAAAUAUCUCUACCUCGGUGGACCUCUUCUCGCCGGUGUAGCCCUCGUCGCUGUUUCCGGUCUCGCCCCCUUGGUCCUCCCAGCUACCGCUGUCAGAACAUUGGCUUUUACUGAGAAUAUUUGGUUAUGGGGAGGUUUGGCUGUAUUUGGUGGAUUCACACUCUACGAUGUACAAAAGAUCUUGGCACAUGCGAGAAUGGCCGAGAGGGGCAUGAUGAGGAGAGAUGCUGUUAAUGAGAGUAUUUCACUGGAAUUAGAUUUCCUGAAUAUUUUCAUUAGAAUGGUUCAGAUUUUGAUGAUGCAACAGAGGAAGAAGUAG